UGCGUGUGAUUAUUGAAAACUUUCCCGCAAACGAGCCUCGGGUCGGUCCCACUGAGAUUUAAAAAAAAAAAAAAAAGAAAUGCAAAAUGAGGAAGGCCUUCGAGAAAGGUGCAAAGUGUGCAACUUUGGACCAGUGUUCGGUUUCAUGUGCCGCGGAGGCGGAGCGUCUGCCGACUGCGGGUCGGCGGCACCGGGACGGCAACAGCAACCCGACAGAACGCGACGUCCAGCUCUGCUCGCAAGCUCCUUCGUGGUACCGUUUGUUCGGCCCGCAAUGAUGACGCUUCUGCCAGUUCUUGCUCUGCUCCUCCUCCCAGAAGCACGGGGUCAGAGGAGCAGCAACGGCGGACUCGGUGUGGCGGUCCAAGCCAAGAACGUGAGCGUCCCCGUGGGGAGCGAGGCCGUCCUGUCUUGCCAAAGCCCUCGCAUGGUGUGGACCCGGGACAGACUGAAGGACCGUCAGAGGGUGGUGCACUGGGACGUGGCGCGCCACAGUCCCAAAUACUCGGUGGAGCGGGUCCUGGAUAUGUCCCCCGGAGCCCGCCUGAGGGUGUACAACAACUUCAACAAGGGUCGCGUUUCCAUUCCGACUUCUGCCUUCAAAGACGGCAACUUCUCCCUCCUCAUCAACAAUGUGGUCCAAAGUGACCGAGGAGUGUACACGUGUAAUCUGCACCACCACUACUGCCAGAUUCAGGAUUCUUUUCAGAUUCAGCUCAACGUGACCAAGUCAGCAAACAAGGAGAAGCGCUACUGGGAUGGAGAGAAGACCAUCCUGGUGGUGCUGGCGGGCAGCUCGGUGGUGCUGCCGUGCGUCAACCGGAACCCCAUCUGGAGAGACGGCCUCCAAGAGGACCAGCAGCAGGUGGCCCACUGGGACUUCCAGCCCCCGGGGGUGCGCCCCGAUCGAGCCGAGCGCCUGGUGGACCUCUACGCUUCGGGCGAGCGUCGGGAUUACGGGCCGCUCUUUGCCCAGAGGAAGAUGAGCGUGGCCGAGGACGCCUUCACGCUCGGGGACUUCUCGCUGUCCAUUUCGGACUUGGAGCCGGCGGACAAAGGCCUGUACUCCUGCCACUUGCAUCACCACUACUGCGGCCUGCACGAGAGACGGAUCUUCCGACUCACCGUGGGACCGCCGCCCGCCGCCACGUCGCCGACCUCCUUCAGUGACGGGCCUGAACCGAGGAAGGACGAGGCGCAGAGUCCACACGUGGUGAACGUCGUCCUCCCCGAGUAUCGAGGCUCUUUGGUGCAGCAUUUGGGCUACUUCUUGGCGAGCUUCCUGCUUCUGGCCCUCAUCGCCGUCGCGGUCGUCGUGCUGACCCGCCGCCGUAAAAAGAGAGGUGCCGGCUUUUUUGGCCUGGCGUACGACCUGCACACAUACGGCCAGAGAAACGUCAACAACGGGGCCGAAAUCUCCUUGGAGUGCACGGAGAUGAACGCCUGCGUCCGAGAACCGCUGAAUUCAGAUUACAAAAACAACCUCCUGAAAGAGCGACACUUGAGCAAAGGCUGCAACAAGGACUUGGACGGGAAGCCGUGCGAGUGAUGAGGCGCUUCGGAGACGUCGCUGGCGGGACCGGCGCAGACGUCGCGAGGAAAGCUGACAAAGCGCAGGAGGAGGAACGAGGAAGGCGCCCUCUGCUCAAAGUCAAAACUUUUUCCCUUUCAUUGCUGA